CGUGCAGCCCCGUCCGUGUUCCAGCAGCAAGCUUCCGCUGGCGCUGGAGUUUCUUGAGGAUGCAAACCGAGAUGGAGGCACAGAGCCCCUUGGCCGAGGCCGGCUUCACCCAGGUCACCCGAAAAGGUGGUCGGCGGGCGAAGAAACGGCAGGCUGAGCAGCUGUCCGCACCGGAGGAGGGCGGGGACGCGUCCCGCAUGGACACCGAGGAGGCCCGCCCUGCCAAGAGGCCCGUGUUCCCGCCCCUCUCCGGGGACGGGUUUCUGGGUGGGAAAGAAGAAACCAGAAAAAUUCCAGUCCCAGCUAACAGAUAUACUCCCUUAAAAGAGAACUGGAUGAAGAUAUUUACUCCUAUUGUGGAGCAUUUGGGACUUCAGAUACGCUUUAACUUGAAAUCGAGGAAUAUAGAAAUCAGGACUUGUAAAGAAACCAAAGAUGUUAGCGCUCUGACAAAAGCAGCUGAUUUUGUGAAAGCCUUUCUUCUUGGGUUUCAGGUAGAGGACGCACUUGCCCUCAUUAGGUUGGAUGACCUCUUCCUAGAGUCUUUUGAAAUUACAGAUGUUAAGCCCUUAAAGGGAGACCACCUGUCAAGGGCAAUAGGAAGAAUCGCUGGCAAAGGAGGAAAAACCAAAUUCACCAUCGAGAACGUGACACGGACGCGGAUAGUUCUGGCUGAUGUGAAAGUUCACAUCCUUGGUUCUUUCCAAAACAUCAAGAUGGCAAGAACUGCUAUUUGCAACCUCAUCCUGGGAAAUCCUCCAUCAAAGGUUUAUGGCAACAUUCGUGCUGUGGCUAGCAGAGCGGCAGACCGAUUCUGAUUUCAAAUCAGAGACUUUUUAUCUUGUCUUUGAACUCUAGAGAAAAAGCCUUUCCCCUCUACAAGUGGUCACCAGACACCAUGUGAAGAACUUUUCAGUCAUGGAUACCAUUAUUUAUACUAGCACAUUAAGUAUAAUUUAUUUUUUCUGUUUUAAAUCACAUAUAGAUUUGCAUAGUUUAUAAUCCUCUCAUUUGGAGGGAAACUUAUUUUAAGAAACAGUUCUGUAUUAGCUUCUAAGUUUUUUGUUUAUAAAUUUAGAAAAAGUUAUUUCUUCUCUAUGAGUUGUAAUUAAAAGAAUUAUUUCAGAAAACCUCUCUUGACUUGUGACCCUUAAUACUGGAUGGUGUGUGAAUAUUUU